AUGGAUUACCCCGAGCCCGGCUCGCCGCAGGGCGCUCGGCACCUGCCCGGCCAAGCCGGCGGCUACGGCAGCGGCGGCUACGAGCGGCCGAGCCGCGGCGAGGAGGAGGAAGCGGCGGAGGAGGAGGAGGAGGAAGCGGCCGCUGGCGACCCCGAGCCGGCUCCGCCGCGGCAGCGCAGCCUCAGCGACGAGGCCGCCGCCGGCGACUUCGACUCGGCCGAGUCCGGCGCGUCGCUGCGGUACUCGACGGGCACGGGCGGCGAGGGCAGCGAGGGCGAGGGCGCGGGGCUGGGCAGCAGCGACAGCGGCGGCAGCGGCUUCUCGCUGGCGGCCAGCGCGCUGCCCGAGAGGCGGCGGCCGGGCGGCGGCCGGCCCCGCUAUGAGGUGGUGCGGGAGCUGGGCGCCGAGGAGGUGCGCUGGUUCUACCGCGAGGACCGCAAGACCUGGAAGCCUUUCAUCGGCUACGACUCGCUGCGCAUCGAGCUGGCGUUCCGCGCCUUGGGCAGCGGUGGCGGAGCCGGGGAGGCGGCGGCCGUGGAGCCGGUGUGCGUGCGGAGCGGGCUCUACGAGGUGGAUGUGGCCAGCGCUGAGAGCUACCCCGUCUAUUGGAACCAAACAGAAAAGAUCCCUGUAAUGCGUGGGCAGUGGUUUAUUGAUGGCACUUGGCAACCUCUGGAAGAGGAGGAAAGUAAUUUAAUAGAGCAGGAGCAUCUCAACCGCUUCAAAGGCCAGCAGCUGCAGGAGAGCUUUGAUAUGGAAAUAUCCAAACCCGUUGAUGGAAAGGAGGCUAUCCACAGUCUCAAGCUGAGCAGAAACCACGUGGACUGGCACAGUGUGGAUGAAGUGUAUCUGUACAGUGAUGCCACCACAUCCAAAAUUGCAAGGACUGUUACACAAAAAUUGGGCUUUUCCAAAGCUUCCAGCAGUGGCACGAGGUUACAUAGAGGUUAUGUAGAAGAAGCCACGUUGGAGGACAAGCCACCCCAGACGAGUCACAUUGUGUUUGUUGUGCAUGGCAUUGGGCAGAAAAUGGACCAAGGGAGGAUCAUCAAAAACACAGCCAUGAUGAGAGAUACUGCGAGAAAAGUGGAAGAAAAAUAUUUUUCCAAUCUUGCAACGCACGUGGAAUUCCUUCCAGUGGAGUGGAGAUCAAAGCUGACCCUCGAUGGAGACACCGUGGACUCCAUCACUCCGGACAAAGUGCGGGGAUUGCGGGACAUGCUCAACAGCAGCGCCAUGGACAUCAUGUACUACACCAGUCCUCUCUACAGGGACGAGCUGGUGAAGGGGCUGCAGCAGGAGCUGAACAGGCUCUACUCGCUCUUCUGCUCCCGGAACCCCGAGUUUGAGGAGAAGGGAGGGAAGGUGUCCAUCGUGUCCCACUCCCUGGGCUGUGUCAUCACCUACGACAUCAUGACAGGCUGGAAUCCAGUCAGGCUCUACGAGCAGCUGCUGCAGAAGGAGGAGGAGGAGCUGGAGGAGAGCUGGAUGAGCUACGAGGAGCGGCGUUUGCUGGAGGAGCUCUACAUCACCAAACAACGGUUGAGAGAGAUAGAAGAGAGGUUACAUGAGUUAAAGGCAUCCACCAUAUCAAAACCACCUGUCUUAAAAUUUAAGGUUGAGAAUUUCUUCUGUAUGGGAUCCCCCCUGGCAGUGUUCCUGGCCCUGCGUGGGAUCCGUCCUGGCACCAGUGGCAGCCAGGACCACAUCCUGCCCAGAACCAUUUGUAACAGGUUAUUAAACAUCUUCCACCCUACAGAUCCAGUGGCUUACAGAUUAGAACCCUUAAUCCUGAAACACUACAGCAACAUCUCACCUGUGCAGAUCCACUGGUACAACACAGCCAACCCCCUCCCCUACGAGCACAUGAAGCCAAAUUUCCUGAACCCCAGCAAAGAAUCUACCUCAGCCCCCGAGCCCGAGAGCGCCUCGGCAGCGCCCAGCCCCACCACGUCCCCUGUGCUGCUCAGGCGCCACUAUGGGGAGUCCAUCACCAACAUUGGCAAAGCCAGCAUCCUGGGAGCUGCAAGCAUUGGGAAGGGCCUCGGUGGGAUGCUCUUCUCCAGGUUUGGCCGGUCCAGUGCCACCCCCCAGACCAUGGAGGCAGGAAAAGAUGGACCUGAGGGGGAUGAGAAGAAAGCCACCACUGUCGGGACCCCACCUUUGCCACACAGCAGCUCGGGAUUCCUUGAACCCACAGUGGAACUGGAGCACAGGAUCGACUUUGAGCUCAGGGAAGGUCUGGUGGAGAGCAGAUACUGGUCUGCAGUCACAUCCCACACUGCUUACUGGUCAUCCCUGGAUAUUGCCCUUUUCCUCCUCACCUUCAUGUACAAACAAGACCAAGAAGAGACUGACAAAUCCAAUUUAGACACGAUGUGAAUUUUUGGCUGGGGGACAGGAGAGGAAACUUUCAAAACCAAUGGCACAAAGUGGAUGUUUGACUGCAGAGCUGCAGGACCUGUGGCAUGGAGGUUUCAGGUUUAAGUGCAUGUUUGGGGGGGGGGGCGUUUCUCUAUUUCUGAAGAGAAGAGGUUAUUUGUAUUUCAAAGCACUUUAUAGUUUUCAACGUUUUGCAGUGCUGAAUUAGACCUGAAAGGAUUCCAAAUUCCUGUCAACGUGGACUGUACAAAGAGCCAAGACAGCAUUGUAGCAUCCCGUGGGCAGUUGUGCUUGGGUGACAUCCUUGUUAAUGACCAUAAUUGCUGUUUAGUUCAUUAAACUAUUAAAAAAAAAAAUUAGUGGAUU